GCCUAACCCAAUUCGUGAUAUUUACAUAUUUUGUUAUAUACGUGAUGUGGUUGAACAAGGGUUACCAGUCGUUUGAUCGUCCAAUAAGCGGUGUAGCAGUUAAAGUUAAGGGUAUAGCAUGGAAGCAUAUAUUCAAACAUCAAAACAGUGAUACGAAUGGCAUUAUUGUACUGGACAGUGGAGACUAUCUACUUCAACCAACACAAAAUUCUGGUUUCUAUUUGGUGACAACUAUCAAACACUUUGUUGUACAAAGUAUGACGACAUGCAGUGAAGGUGACCGUCUGCCUGAUGCCAAAUGCUUUGAAGACAAGCAUUGUCCAGCAGGCUAUCAGGCAGGUUCCCAGCCUUACGGUCUAGAUGGCCUUGUACCAGACGAGAGCUUGGUUGCAGUGGAUGAAAGCGGACAUGGCAUAUUCACAGGAAAGUGUCUACAGAGUCAUCAGAAAUGUGAAAUAUUUGGUUGGUGUCCGACUGGUGAUGACUAUGAAUAUGAGCUGCGAAAGCAACGUAAUGCGAAGAUGCGACUAAUUCAGCCGCCAAAUAUCCUGGAAGGAUAUUAUAAUUACUUUACAGAUUUGGAAUUUUUAAAUGCCAAGGACAGAAUCAAUGAACUUACACCGCAUUCAGUUGAUCCUCUGUUUGAAGUUGUUAACUUCACCGUACUGAUUAAAAACAGCAUAGAAUUUCCCACUUUCAAGGUGAAACGACGUAACAUCUUGCCAUGGAUGACAGAAAGUUAUCUACAGGAAUGUUUAUAUAAUCCACAACAUGAAGUUGAUCAGUACUGUCCCAAAUUUCGUCUGGGUGAUAUAUUUAAGUUGGCUGGGACAAGUACAAAUCGCUUGUUGAAAUAUGGGGGAGUUAUUGCUAUCACCGUGAAUUGGCGGUGUGAUUUAGACUGGUCUACUGACUACUGUUUACCCACGUAUGAGUUCUUAGAAUUGGAGAGUGUACACAAAGUGAGGAAAGUCAAGAUGAAGAGGACAAAUUUCAGUGUGAAUGGCACCCACGCAGAAUCAUCUCCAACACUAGCACCAACACCAGUUCAAACGACCGAUCAUCCGAACAUGAAAUAUGACUACACCUACACAACAGAUACACCGAGUGACGAAGAUGACGCUAUAAAUGAUGACGAGGAGGUAGUCACAGUUCAUGAGGGUUCUGCUAUACGUGUUACCUCGUACUUUGGUUAUGACACAGAAAGUGCUACAAAUCGCAGACGUAUCCUUGUUCACAUCAAUGGUAUACAGUUUAUAAUUCGUGUUACUGGGAUGGCUGGAAAUUCAAUUUAUUAUCAUUUACAAUGCGAAUUGGAUCCGGACUCGCAUUGUUGA